AUGGCGGCCACUACCAAUGUCAAGGCGUCUCUUGAGAUCACAAAGGGUGCCACUGCUACGGACCCAAUUCCAAUUGACACCAGCUCCACCGGUUCCUUCAAUGAUGAGCACACCAACCUCUUGGGUCCUUUCCCUACUGAGGAAGAAUGGGCGACUCUUCCCAGGGUUUCCGGCCGCAUUCCAUGGCAGGCAUGGACUGUAGCUGCUGUUGAGUUCGUUGAGCGCUUCAGUUACUACGGUACCAGUGCCGUAUUCGUCAACUUCAUUCAGAAGCCACUUCCUCCUGGCUCCAAGACUGGUGCCGGUUUCCUCAAGAAGCCUGGUUCCGGUGCUCUGGACAUGGGCCAACGUGCUUCAACUGGUCUUACCAUGUUCAACCAGUUCUGGUCCUACAUCACUCCUCUCGGUGGUGCCUGGCUAGCUGACGAGUACUGGGGACGUUACAACACCAUCCAGUACUCGAACGUUGUCGCUCUCAUCGGUCACAUCAUUCUGAUCAUGUCUGCCAUCCCCGCCGUCAUCGUCAAGCCCAACGUUUCCAUCGGUAUCUUCGCUGUCGGUCUUGUCAUCAUGGGUAUCGGAACUGGCGGUUUCAAAAGUAACAUCUCACCUCUCAUCGCCGAACAGUACAAGGAUCAGAAAGCCUACGUCCGCGUCAAAAAGGAUGGAAGCAAAGAGAUUGUUGAUCCCGCUACUACCACUGCGCGUAUCUACAUCUACUUCUACUUCUUGAUCAACUGUGGAUCCAUCUGUGGUUCUAUCGCCAUGGUUUACUCAGAGCAUUUCGUCGGUUUCUGGCUCUCUUACACACUACCAACUAUCUGCUACCUGCUCUGCCCCAUCAUCCUCAUCACCAUGAAGAAGCACUACAAGCUCUCGCCACCCACGGGAUCCGUCAUGGGCAAGGCCUUCAAGCUCAUUGGUCUUGGUAUCAAGAAGUCACCCCGCAAGAACACGUUCAAGGACGACGGUUUCUGGGACAGGGUCAAGCCCACCGCUCUUCGUGCCAGCGGUGAGAGUGUCCCUGACUGGAUGACCUUUGACGAUGCCUGGGUCGAUGAAGUCAAGCGUGGUAUCUUGGCCUGCAAGGUCUUCUUAUGGUACCCUCUUUACUGGCUCGCAUACAACCAGAUGACCAACAACCUUGUCUCUCAAGCCAACACUAUGAACCUUGGGCAAACACCCAACGAUAUCGUCUCGAAGCUGAACCCCAUCUUCAUCGUCAUCCUUAUCCCGAUCAUGGACUUCCUCGUCUACCCAGGUCUGCGCAAGGCUGGUAUUAACCUCUCGCCUAUCAAGAAGAUCACUGCUGGUUUUGCGCUCUCCUCAUUCGCCAUGGUAUCAGCCUGCGUCAUUCAGUACUACAUCUACAAGAUGUCGCCGUGCGGUGACAACAUCAACGUCCUCAGCAAGACCCGCAAGGACUGCAGCGCUGAUAUCUCCGUCUGGGUCCAGGCCUUCCCCUACGGUCUGAUCGGUAUGUCUGAGAUUCUGGCGUCCAUCACCAAGCUCGAGUACGCGUACACAAAAGCGCCCAACAACAUGAAGUCCACCAUCCAGGCCGUCGCCCUCUCUACCUCGGCUGUCUCCGCCGCACUCGGCCAGGCUUUUGUCAGUCUGUCCGAGGACCCGCUGCUGGUGUGGAACUACGGCUCCGUCGCGGUUGUUGCCAUGUUCGGUGGUAUCGGUUUCUACAUGACCUUUCGCAAGGCGGAUGCUCAGGAAGAUGCUCUGAACAACAUGAAGGAGAGCAAGUACAUUGGCGGCCGUGAGGUUGGUGACGCUGAGAACGUUGAGACUCUCAGUGUAAGGGACGAGAAGAACGAGAAGAGUGGUUUGUAA